CACUCUCUCUCUCUCUAUAUGGGGAAGCCAUAAGCUCUUCCAUGGAGCUUGGAACCCAAAAAUCUUAGUCCCAGUGUCCCACCAUCUAUUUCAUUGAGCUGUGUUUGGGGUAGGCUAGCUUAUCUUCCUAAACUACCUUGUAAUUUCUGGUACCACAAUACUCUCUCUCUAUCUCUUACUAUGAUUUGGCAGCUUUCCGAGUUUUUUUUAAUAUUUUAUUUUAUUUUUAGUAACUGGACCACUUUUUCACUGCCUAGCUAUAAUGUGUGUGUUUCCUUGUAUAGCUGCCUUGCCUCCACUAAGGAAGCACAUAUUUAACCUGUCAACUUUUGCUUCUUUUUGAGUGCUUCUUGAUUGAAAUUUAUUACUUCUACUACUAGUUUUUGCUCUCUUUUGAACCCUCCCAUAUUCUUUCUUGAAAUUUUUCUUUCUAUUCUAUUCUGGGUUCUUAAGAAGAUUGGUAAAUUUCACUACUUUGAAAACUUUUGAUCUCAAAAGAUUCAUAUUGAAUGGGCUUAGCAUAAUAGCAUGUGUUUUUUUAGUCAAAUUGAGGUUUGUGGUGUAGAAAAUUAAGCAUUUUUGGUGAAUAGAAGAAGAGUUGAGAGGGAACUUGAAUUGGGUUUUUUUGGUUGAGGGUUUGUAAAAAAAAGAUGGGGUCUUGGAGCUAUUUGUCUGGGGGUGGGGGUGGGGGUGGGGGUGGGGGUAAGGGUUUAGUGUGUGAUGAAUCUGUUUCUAUGAGUGAUCAUGGAGUUGCAAGAAGUAGAAAUAAUGGGUUGAUGGGUUGGGAAUUGAGUGGGUUUGAAGGCAUUGGGAAUCAAGGAUUUGUGGAAUUGGGUUCUCAAGAUUUGGUGAGAAAAGCUGCCAUGGCUAAUAACAAUUCCAGAGGUUUUGCAGGUUUUCACAAUGUGUUCUCUAGGGAAGAUGAUUCUUCUCCUAAUUCCAGAGAUUCAUCUCUCAUUGACUUGAAACUUGGGGGAUUUCCUGAUCAUAUCAAACCCCCCAAGCCCAACAACACCUCUUCUUCUUCUUCAGCUCAGUCAUCUGCCCCAGCCAAGAGAUUUAGGGGGGGUGGGGGAGGAACCAAUUCCCACCAGACCCCCCCAUAUUGCCAGGUUCAAGGCUGCAAGAAAGAUCUCACCUCUUGUAAGGACUACCACAAGAGGCAUAAAGUGUGUGAGGUUCAUUCCAAGACUGCUAAGGUCAUUGUGAAUGGUAUCGAGCAACGCUUUUGCCAGCAAUGUAGCAGGUUCCAUUUACUGGCUGAAUUUGAUGAUGGCAAACGCAGCUGUCGUAAACGCUUAGCUGGUCACAACGAGCGUCGAAGGAAGCCUCAUACCGGUAUGCAUUCUGCCAGAACAGGGAGGCUUUUCCAGUCAUAUGCUGCUACUAGGUUUCAAGGGACAGCUUUUUCGACAUCGUCUUUUGUUUGUCAAGAUAUACUGCCCGGAAGCCUUCUGCAUCCGCAGAAAUACGAGACGAAUGAUUGGUAUAGGAAUGUGAAAGUUGAGGAAGGGACGGAUUUUUGCCCUCAACUAGCAAUUCCUUUAACAAAUGGUUCAUAUAACUCGGAGAAACAUUGUCCUCAUGAGAGUAGUAAUUCGUAUCUACACGAAAUGGCGGGGCAAGAUUUCGUUCCACGGGCUGUCUAUCAUCAUAGCACGACGUUGGGUAGUGAAGUUCUGAGCUGUUCUAUUCAGGGCCUGUCUGGGAUAUCGAAUUCUGGGCGUGCUCUCUCUCUUCUGUCAUCCCACUCGCAGACUUCCGGGGCUCAUUCCCUUAUCAAUCCGGGGACUAAUGAACAUUAUGAUAUGGCACAAGUAUCUGAGAAGUUGUUGGGGGUUAGUCCACCUGCCUCAACAACCGCUUUGUCUCCAUCUGAGGAUGCUCGCUUGCAACAGAUGAUGCUGUUUUCUAACGCUGCUCAGACGUAUGCAAUCAACCCGAUUGUUCAAGGAUCGGGAUAUGUGAAUGUGAAGAACCAAAUUUCUGGCGAAGAACAACAUGGCCCUACUAUCGAUUUGCUUCAGCUCUCAUCACAGCUUCAAAGAGUGGAGCACGAAAGGCACUCGGUGCAAGUGAAGCAAGAAAGUGGCGCUUUCUCUGGCCUUAGAAUCACCUGACUGCUAGCUAGCUAUCGAUCUGAGAAUCUAUCGAGGAAGCACAAAGAAGCCAGGAAACGUUUGUGGUGUUGAUUCUUUUCGUUUACUUUUUUCGUGUGCUGCUGACAAUGCAACUACUGUUCUUUCAAACUUCUUCUUCUGCUUUCAUAUGCAAAUCAUUUGGUUUUCUCUGAUGCUUAAUUGAUGCAAUAAUAAUCAUGACUUUUUGUUGAAUCCCAUGUUAAGUUGUAUAUGAAUUCAUUCUCUCCCUCUUCCCCUUGUUGCUUUACUAUCAAAAAAGCAAAAAUAAGAAUCUUGUUUCAGUAUCA